ACUAUUUGCAUCUUCUCCUUUAAAAAUGGCGACUUCCUUGGAUUUGCAAUGUUUAUCAUCUACUGAACACAUUUGUCAGUACUUAAAAACACUAGAAAAGGAUGUUGAAAAAAAGAUUAAGAAACUUGAAUGUGAUUGUUCACAGUUACAGCUACUCUUUAAGCCAUGGCCAAAAAACGGCAAAGGAAGCAAUAAUAUCAAAGCACCAAUAAAUGAUGACAAGUGUUUAUCUGAUGAAAGAAAAAGAUGUGAUGAACAGAUGGAAAGUAGUAAUCUUAUAGAAAGUCCUGCAGAAAGUUUAACACCAGCUGAGAGAGAGGCACUUAAUGCCAUGGAAAAACUUCUUGCAAAAGCUCAAAAAGCAAGGACAUUGCAAAAGAAGACAGAGGAUUGUCCUAAAAGUUACUCAAGGACUGUUGCUCCAUCUUCCCAAAAGAAAGAGCUGAAGAUAGAUGAAAAUGAAAAAGCAAAAAGUGUUUUGUCUAAUGAAAUAAUGAAUUCCUCAUCUAAAACUUCUAUCAAAAAGCCUUCUGAGAAAUCAAAUGCACAAAGCAGAAAAUUUAGCAGAAAUCCUGCACCACCAUCAAACAAAAGUCACAUCAAGGCUCCUUUUCAAACAAAUCCUGGUCUGUCAUUUCCGAAAAACUCCACAAAUCAAGAAGCAAUGAUCAGAGGAACAAAGAAUAAGAAGUUAGUAGGGAGAGGGCAUGUAGGGAGGGUUGGAACAAGAUCCACAACCAGGGCACCUGCUGUCACUGACCAGAGAGCUCCUACUGUCACUGAGAAGACAGCACCUGCUGUCAAUGACAAGGUCAAGUCAGCUAGCCAGAGCAACAGUCCUGACCCAGUCUGUGAAGACUCGACUAGGCUGGAGACAAACCAACGUAACCAUAGUGAUGCUGAUGAUGUUUCACCUCGGUCGGCUUCGGCCAGUCAUGUACAGAAGCAUGAUUCACACACCACUCAGGCUUGUCACAUUGACUCCAAAUCUACAAAUGUAGAAAAAAAUUGUAAUGACAGGGAUGUUAGGGCAACAAAUACUGAGCCUAAGAAAGAUAACAGAUUUAACUUGUACAGAGAUGGGAGCCAAGUUGAGAUACCAUCAAAGCUGAGAAAGCUAGUGUCGGUGAACCACAGACUGAGACAGAAAUUAUCGGUCGUUAGAGUCACAAAAAAGGUGGAUUCUACCAAGUCUGGACAGGACUUCAUUGAAUCAGUGGAGAGACUGUUUGAGCAAGAUCCGGGAUAUAAAUCAGCCCUGGCAGCUCAGAGGGUGGAACAUGAGUACAGGAACCUGGGGAAGAUGUUGGAAGGACUGACAGAUGGCAUAUCCAUGGAUGAAACGCCUGUGUAUGAAGUUUUGAGGACAAAGAAUAUACUGGAAACAGUCUUAACAAGAUUUUAUCAACUUCAAGAAGAAUGGGAUUCUGAAGAUAUUGAUUGCAUCAAUGAGCUGGCAUUGUGCCAAGCUCACAGAGAGCCUAAAUGGAAUCCUCCACCUCCCACCACCAGGUCAGAUAUGAUGUGGUCUCCAUUUUCUAGUGAAUGUGUUUUACCUGAGCUGAAUUCUCGAGUACAGUACAGGUCAACAAAACAGCUGGAGCGCUAUAUACACCUGAUGUUCCAGAUUCAGUACCAACACUUGGUCUGUUUACUACAGCAGUCCAUCAUCUCAGUCAUAACCAAACAAAUGGAGUCCCCAGGACUCUCAGCCAGUGAUUACCUCCAAUUGUUGAGGACUCUCUGUUUCAUGACCAACUUCAAAACCUACCCAGUGAUUGUUGUGGAUACCGUGGAGACAGACAAAGACUCCUCAGAUUAAUAUGACCGGUUAUAUACAUGUAUCUAUUUAUCAUCAGCUUUUAUAUGCAUGGAUAUGUUAUCAAUAAAAUUUAUUUUCUUA